AUUACGUUUUCGUUCCAAUUUAACCACAUGAAGUAUUGUGUAUUAUGUAGCAUUUUCCAGUGACGCUAUUACUUGAGGUUCAUGUAUUUAUUAUUUCAGACAAGAAUCGUUUAAAAUUUACUUUGAUUUGAGUUACAAUGGCUAGUACAGAUUUUAGAAAGGAAGUGACCAUGCCUGUGAGACCAAGAAGUGUCUAUACUGCUCAUUCGUACAACCAGGAGGAAUCCAACCUCUCCGCGUUUCAAGAUUACAGCAAAUUUUUGGAAGGUGGUUUGGGUCAGGCCGAGCUAGUUGGCGCAGCUGCAUGGCAGCCACCAUGGAGGGCUCCAAUGCAACGCAAGGCCCCGUUCUACCCAGGCGACGAUAUCUACCAUGCUGAUACAUGGAGAGAUUUAGAGGUGACGGAUGUGGCUGGCGGGGCUCGGUAUAACGCCUCGGUGACUCCGCACGGCACGGUCUGCCUGAGACUAAGAGACAGGGUAAAGGUUGACAUGACGGUUGACGGCGCAGUGCGAGUGACUAAUGCGAAGUACAACAUUGUACUUGCGUUGUCCCAGUCGGGCGCUGCAGCCGCACUCAUACAUCCGAAUGGUCGAGUUUACAACUACCGCUCGAGGGUAGAGAUUCAAGCACACCAUCAGCAAGGGAACAAUAAGUACGCAAAGAUGUGGUACAAGGGGGUAUCGUUUACGGCGGAGCAGUGCGCGCUGGUGUACCUCGUGGACGCGGCCGGCACACGCACCACCACUGACACCUUCCUCGACAUGAGCCAGGACUUCACGCUCAAUGUCUUCUACAAUGAAUCUGGUCACGGGCCGUCGUAUGUGAACAAGGCGCUUUCGCUGCUGCAGGCCAUGCAGUACUGGCUCACCGACGACGGCAUCGACAACUGGAUCAUCAAUAAUGUACGCGUCAGCCAGACUGCUGAUGGCCUAGUGCGUAUUCAUCGCUGCAGUCACAAGUACCAACUGCGUACCAGCCCUAGCAACGGAUCUGCAUCUAUCACCAGCCCUUUUGUGCAUUGCACGGCCUCCCUUGGCCAGACUCAGCAUUUAUUUGUACGUCGCGGCGAGAGGCGUAUGCAUUUUGAUGGCAACUCGUUCAUCGUCCGCAACGCUGGCCACUCCGCCGGGUUUGACGACAAGAAUCAAUUGAAAGUGUACUGAAUCAGCAUCGUUGUACCAUUUUACAUGAUUUUAUCUACGCUGCUCUACACCUUAUUACCGUGCAGUUUUAUCCAUCGUAUGUUGUACAGCUUAUUUGCAGUUCCUCUGUCGCUUACAAUAUCUAUUUGAUACGUUUCGAUUUAAAAACUCGGACAAGUCAAUGAUAAAAUUAUAUUUAUUUUGUACGUAGAGGUUUUGAAAUUACUUUAUUUUGCACGCUGCCCAAGCUUCGGAUUUUAUUUAUCAGCAUACAUAUUGUAUUUACAGACGACGUCAUAGUUAUUAAGGUUACAGUUGAAUGCUAAGUGUUAGAUCAUCUGCCGAGAGACACUUUUACAUUUUUUUAUACUUAUUUAUCGGUUGUGUAAAAUAAAACUGAUCAUAUGUAUACCGGAUGUAAAGUCACUAACAGCUUAUAUAUUUUUUAUUUUACAUACUUAAUCUUAUUUUUCUUUCUUAAUAACAUGGCCUGUAUGUAAACUAUGUCUUAAUCUGCAUGUUUUUUUAAUCAUGAUUUAUUUACCUUAUUUAAAAUUAAUGAAGAGAUUUUGGAUAGUUGUAAUAUAUUAAAUAAGUGCUAUAUCUACAUAACUGUACCAGAAUGUUCAGUAUUGUUAAACAGCAAUCAAAUAUAUUAACCAAUGUAAUAAUGAUUUCAAAAAUGGCGUCGAUCGUAGCGGGCUAGGCAGUGUUUGAAUUACAGAUUCAGUUAUGUCGCGAGCUUUUGGUGUAUAAGACUUGUCCUAAUUGUUUGUUAUUAAAAAACAUCAAGUGAGAU